AUGCCCCCCAAAACCCCUCAAAAUGAGGAGAAAAGGACUCGCUCAUCCUCCCCAGUCUUGGCCCCAUGGAGGUGGACAACCUCAGGGUACCCCCGGCCCUAUGGGGUGACGCUGCUCUCACUGCCUCCAACCCCAGACCCCGCAGACUGGAGCCCUGGCAACGUGCAGAAGUGGAUCCUAUGGACGGAGCAUCAGUACCGACUGCCGCAGCUCGGGAAGUCCUUCCAGGAGCUGUCAGGGAAGGAGCUGUGCGCCAUGUCGGAGGAGCAGUUCUGCCAACGCUCGCCCGUCUGCGGCGAUGUCCUGCAUGCACACCUCGACAUCUGGAAGUCGGCUGCGUGGAUGAAGGAAAAAGCUGCCCCGGGGGAUGUGAGAUACUGUGGGGGUGACAGCGGAUGGGCGGACGGCGAGGUGGACUCAUCCUGUGCCGGGCAGCCCAUCCACCUCUGGCAGUUCCUGAAGGAGCUGCUGCUGAAACCCCACAACUACGGACGCUUCAUCCGUUGGCUCAACAAGGAGAAAGGGAUCUUCAAGAUCGAGGACUCGGCGCAGGUGGCGCGACUGUGGGGCAUCCGGAAGAACCGCCCAGCCAUGAACUACGACAAACUGAGCCGCUCCAUCCGGCAGUACUACAAGAAGGGCAUCAUCCGCAAACCCGACAUCUCGCAGCGCCUCGUCUACCAGUUUGUGCACCCGCUCUGAGGGACUGAGCCUCGGGGGCGUGGGGGACUCUCACUGCCCUCCACGACCUCAUCAUCGUCUUCCAGCGCUUUAGGACCGUGGUUGGGGUCAUCCCUGUGGACCGUAGGGACCCUUCUGUCCCCAGAGCCCGUACUUGGAGUGGGGAUGAGCUCAGAGAGCAUGGCUUUGUGCCCAGCUCCAGGGCCAGGACAAUGCAUGGUGUGGAUUUAGGGGCUGCAGGCUGCAAAGAGGGACACGGAAAUGACAGACAAUGUGUUGAGGGGCUGAGGGAGGGCUGCCUGCAGUCUUGGGAUCGAUGGUGAGAGCGUGCUUGAGGUCACCGGGGCUGCAGCUGGGGUCCUGCUGUCCCCAUACACUGCCCUCCCUUCUCUACAGCCCUGGGCAUCACCAGGACAUGCCCCCCCCCAUAGGAGACCCCAAUAACUCUAUGGCAUCACCUGCCCCAGCACAGGGAGCACCCUGCCCUUGUGCCACCACUGGGCUGGGAUCUGGGGUCAUUCCCCCUUUUUGCCAGCAAACCCUUGAGCUGCAACAGAGCUGCCCUGGAUGAACCCCCAGAACAGCUCUUGGAUGUCAGGGAUGGGGCCAUCCAAAUAUGGGGUGCAGUGGUGGGACCCCACUCCAUCCCUUCCUCCUGGGCACGGGAUGGGGAUGGGGAACAAAGCUGGGCUCACGGCACAAACGAGGACAAUGGCCCUGGCUAUGGGUCAGGCACUGCGGGGCCAGGCGUGUUGGCUUCACCCUGUGGGGUGAGCAUAAGGGACGGGGAGGUGGGAGGGAGCUGGGGCACCCACCCCCAUCUGCUAUGGGUUCACACCACACAGAGACAUGAGGCCCCAGGACAGAUGCAUCCCCCAUCCUUCUGCAAAUAUGGGGGGGUCCCACCUCAAAUCCCACCUCAUGGCUGAGGAUGUGCGCUGUGCACAGGGAGGGACUGCACAACGUGGGACCUCAGCUCCCUCAGCAGCCCCCAUUGAGCCGCACCCCCAGCCCUGGGCACGGGGACCCCCGGAAUCCCCCAGCCCUCAUCCUCAGCACGGUGCUCUCUGCUGGGUUUGGGAUUCCCCUCCGCCUGUCCUGUUCCUUAGAGAAAGAGACACAGCUCUGCCAUUCCCCUCCGGACACAGAACUGGGGGAUGGUGGGAACUGCACAUUUCACAAAGCUCUGGGCCACCCGGCGAUGUCCACCUUGUAUAUUACAGUCAUUAUUUGUUUGAUUUUCUUCA